AUGCAGGUCAACGCCACAGGCUGGGGAACCGCAGAAGCAGAAGAAUUCGUGGUAGUCACUCAAGAUUUGGACACCAUGACCAUCGCGGAAACGGAGGAGACGAACCCGGACGACGCCUCGAUAGGCACCGAGGAAAGCGACUCCACGAUUUCCGAAGAAGGACACAGAGCCGCCCAAAUACUGGCAGGGCAGGCAACAGCAUUCGAAUACUUCAUGGAAUCACAGGAUAAGCAAACAAGGAAGUUCUUGGAACUCCAACAGAAAUACAUUCACCAGGAACCAAUGGAAUCUAUUGUCAAACUAGGAUUCCUUCAGGACAAAUUGGAAGUCAUGUCGGACUACCGAUACGAAAUACUGAACAUCAAGAACAUCGUCGAGGAACAGGCCAAAGAAACCGAUUUGGUCAGGGAAUUCCGGGACGAAGGAAUGGUGAGGAGCCAACAAUACCAAGACAAAGCAAGGCUGAAUCAGCUCUUGAUUCCUGUGAUUAGCGGAGAACUUAUACGAUCUCGAGCCGCGGCCAAGAUCAUAAAAGACGAAAUAGAGCGCCUCCGAGACAAUGAGAAUGUGGCGAAGAUUGAUCACCCUCGACACGCGGAACUAGCAUGGAGCUUUUGCUACACUGAUAGCUGCACCAUCCAUAGGUCCUCAAAGGACGGAGCCGGGUACUGGCCCAACAGGAAGAGGCCGGUCGAGCGUGUCUUGUGCCGUGGGAGCCCACGAGACAACCGUGAACGGGUGGGUCUGGAGGAAGGACCAGAAGCUGACGGACGGAAUCCACAGGUUUAUAUAUCGGCCCGCCUCAACCUUCAACGGCCGUGUAAGGUGAAGCUGCAUCUUGACGGCGCCCUCGUCGUGGAUGAUGGUCGCCCGCGCGAGGUGGUGUCGGAAGACCCUGUUUCGGAUGAUGAUGACCGCGCAUUGUAUCAGAGACGCUUCAUCGCUGCUCUGCCUCCUCCUCGUCCUCCUGUUGCCCCCCUUCCGCCGGCUCUCAUACGAACUCUUCCUCCGUUCUCACAAAGCCCUUGCCCUGGCCGCUCUUUUCGCGGUCUGGCGACACCUGCCCUCGGACAAACCCUCUACCCGUUACUACAGUAUCCCCGUAUGAGGCGACGACAACGCAAGAGCCUAAGGCAACUCAAUGAGAGCUAG